AUGUUCGCUUCCGAUGAGGAGGAGGAGGAGAAGACGCCGGCGCCGAAGAAGAAAAGAGCGACUCGAACGGGAAGGUCGUCGUCAAAAGGUCGGAAGUCACUAAAAGGCAAGGGGAAAGGCAAAGAAAAGAUGGUCAUCCUUUCAUCUACAACUGAUAGCGAAGGAGAAAUUAUCAACCUUUCCAAUGACACUUUAAGCUCGGAUAGCGAAGAUUCGGUCAAGCGAAGAGUGGGCCGACCACGGAAAGCUUCGGCGCUUUCUGGCUUGGGUCCUAUGAUGGCUUCUCCAAGUAUAUCCCCGGCUCAACGCAGAGUCGGUCGACCGCGGGGAAGUUCAGAUGCAGGUAUUGCUCCGAUGGUGAUUUCACCAAUUAUCUCUUCAGCGAAACGAAAAGUCGGUCGACCUCGUAGAAGCUCAGAGCAUAACCUUCCUGAAGCUUCACUCUCAGCUGUGUCUCCAGCACCUCGAAAAGUCGGUAGACCGCGCAAGAACUUGAGCGUCGACUCGUCACUGGCUCCUGCCCUCGCGUCGCCAUUUGAAUCUCCAGCUCGAAGGAGAGUUGAUCGCCCACGGAACAGUCAGGACUCCGCUUCCUCUUCAGACGUACCUGAAGAUGUUGUCGUUUCUCCGACACGGCGACCCCUUGGUAGGCCCCCCAAGAGUCCGGAUGUAAAGAUGAUCCCUAGUGCAGUUUUUACUCCUCAAGCAGGUGCCUCCACUGGUGGAAGAAGCCCAGAGAUAAUUUCUUUGGUUACUGGAGACGAAGCUGUCCUUCCAAUCAGGCCGAGUCCGCAACAAACGCAAUCUAUGCUAUUGUCUCCCUUUGGGUCUCCACCUCUCCGCAGGCCUGGCCGUCCAAGCCGGAGCCCAGUAUCCAAUGCAAGAGCCGUAGAGGUAGAGGAACAUGUAUCCCCGCGAUGCGGGCCUGGUCGACCUCGUAGGGUUUCAGAACCCAUGUCUGUCAUAUCGAUUUCCUCGUCUACCACGACUUCAGCGUCGCGUAGAUGCGGCCGACCACCCAAGGAUGUGGCCAUGGCCUCAUCUAGCCUUGCAUCGCCCAUGGUCUCACCCAAACUUCCCAAAGCGUCGAGGGGACAAACCACACCGGUGGUGCAGCCAUUCCACACCCAAGCAACAUCAUACACCCCACAGAAUGUGGCCAAGAGCAGCUCUGGGGAAUCCUUUGACUUCGAUGGGCUUAGUGGCAGCUCUGCCAGUGAUGAGGAUUUCGAAGUAUUCUUAUCUCGGAGGAAGCGAACCCCAUUGCUCAAGCAGCCCUUGUCCAAAGCUCCUGUAAAACCUCAAAAACCUGGAACGUCAAAGGAGCCUUUAAACGACGGCCUGGAGAGAGCAAUGAAGUUUCUUUCCGUGUCUCGCUCAACCCGGAUGCCUUUCCCUGCGAAGGGCAAUGCCCAGGGGCAAAGACAUUGA